UACGUAGGAGAUAGAAAUGAGAAAAGAGAGAGACAUGGGUGGGGGAAGGCAGUUCUCCCAAAUGGAGACAGAUAUGAAGGUAACUACGUUGAAGGAAAAAGACACGGUUUUGGAGUUUACAGAUUCUUAAAAAAUCGAGCUCAGUAUUCGGGGAACUACAUAUACAAUUAUCGACAAGGAUUCGGUACAAUGAUAUACCCCGACGGCAGCAAAUAUGAAGGAAAUUGGACAGAUGGUCACAGGAAUGGUUAUGGUAAAUACUGCUAUAUAAAUGGAGACAUCUACGAUGGUGAAUGGCGGAAAGAUAAGCGCAAUGGAAUGGGCGUUUACUACCACGCAGAAACUGCUACACAGCAUGCUGGCUGGUGGAAAAAAGGAAAACGAGAAGGGCCGGCCGAGGUCACAUUUUUGAAUCAUCGAUUUAUUGGAAGCUACAAAAAGAACAGACCAUUAGGUCCAGGAAAAUUUGAAUUUGCAAACAAUUCAGAAGCCACAGGGGCUUAUGUAAUGAAAGCAACAGAUGUAAGUAUUGUAAUAAAAACCAGUUUAGAGUUGUGA